AAUCAAUAUGACACAACAACACGACACAGCGGAAGAAUAGAGGAAAUGCGGAACGUGGUUCGAAAAGAGGAGGUGUGGAUAGGCAAUUUUCGCUGCUUUUAAAUUUCUGCUGGCGUGUGGCUUGAAGAAUUGUUUUGCAUCAUGGAUGGCGAAAAUUCAGCCAGACCAAAUGACAAGUUUGAGCUGGAGGUCUUGAAUAAGGGUACAAGAAAGACAAUUUUUAACCGGAAAACUCUUAUAAUUAUUUUUUUAUCUGCCUGGUAGCCUUGGUAAGCAUAAUUAUUGGAGUCACGGUCGCAGUCAAAGAAGCAGGAGCUGCUAAACUUGGCGCCAAAAGUGGAUGCAGUAGUAUGUAUCAUCCUAGUUUUAGUCGGCCUGCACUUAUCCUUGUCUACUUGGAUGGUUUUCGUGCUGAUUAUCUAGAUGGAGGCUAUUCACCGACGAUAAACAGUUUAGCGAAAAGUGGCAUUCGUGCAAAGAGAAUGAGAAGCCAGUUCCCUACCAAGUCGUAUCCAAAUCUUCGCAGUAUAGUUACUGGGCUGUACCCAGAAUCGCAUGGCAUCGUUGGCAAUUCAUUUUUGAGCGGAGAUAAGAACGAAUCAUUUGCAUACUGGACAUCAACGUCAAAGGAGGGGAAAUGGUGGCUUGGAGAACCGAUCUGGACGACUGCCAAGAAGCAAGGAGUGAAAAGUGCAGUUUACUAUUUCUGGUCGGAAAAUAUCGAGAAAGAUAAACAGCCUGACUACUGGGUGCCAUAUGAUGGCGGAAAGGCAAACUUUUCAAGCAGAGUCGACCAAGCUUUGAGAUGGUUGGACAUGGAUCCUUCAACGAGACCGUAUUUUAUUUCACUGUACGCAGCCUAUCCUGAUACACCUGGACAUAAAUUUGGCCCUGACAGCUCGCAGAACAACGCUGGUAUCAAAAGAGUGGAUGAUAUGGUUGGAGAACUUGUCAAUGGCAUAGAGAAACGUGGCUUAGUAGAGUGCACAAAUAUCAUCAUUGUAUCAGAUCAUGGCAUGUCAAACAUAUCUUGUUCAAAAUCUGUUUAUUUGGAUACGAUGAUUCCUGUACAUAAUAUCUCAGUGAAUGGCACAGGACCUUUCAUGGCUAUCUAUACCAAAAACAAAGACGAUGCAAAUGCAUUUGUAAAGCGGAUGAAGUGCAAAAGUAAUUUUCAGGCCUUUUCCAAAUAUGAUAAAUUCAUGCCCAAACGUUGGCAUUACUCAAACAACAAGCGCAUUGGGGAUAUUAUUGUUGUUCCAGAUGUUGGCUGGACAGUAUACCCAAGAACUGGUUCUUGUACUAAUGAGUCACUCGGCCAACACGGUUAUGACAACAUUGAUCCCUUGAUGUCCGCCAUUUUUGUCGCAAAUGGACCGUCUUUCAAGCAGGGAAUUUUGGCUGACGAGUUUUCGAAUAUAGAAAUAUAUAACCUCAUGGCAGAAAUUCUUCGGUUGAAGCCCGCAGCAAACAACGGCACAUCAGGCAGCUUAUCAUAUUUCCUCAAAAAUCCCUUGAAAGCUGUGAAGCAAGCCACUGCCGGUGAUGGUAACAAUUUUACAAUGGACUGCAAAUUUCCAAAAAAUUACACCGAAGCAAGACUGGGUUGCAGCAAAUGCGCUUGCUACUACUGUCAUAAUACAAUAUAUUGGAAUCAAACAGUCUAUCGGAAAAACCUGGACCUGUCGAAUACCGAAAUUCAAAAAGCACUGGAGACGCAUUUGCCCCUGGGAAUUCCUCAAGGUGGUGCUGGGAAGCAAGGCUGCGUUUUGACCCAGAGACAUUAUGUCAUUGGUUAUAGCGGCUAUUUGCAUGUACCACUUUGGGUUGCUUACAAAAUGACCGCAAAGCAAUUGUCCAUCAAUAUUAAAAGAAUGGACUGUUUCCGAAGAGAUCUUCGUCUUACUCGUCAGCAGUCUGCGAUGUGCUCCGACUAUUCUCGUUCUGGAUACGAUCGAGGACACAUGGCUCCAAGUGGUGAUUUCAAUUUUGACCGUUUCGCAGCACAAGAUACCUAUGUACUCAGUAACAUUGUACCUCAAAGCAGAUACUUCAACCGGAGACCUGGUCUUUGGUAUCAAGCAGAGUCUGUUUUCCGCGACUGGGCCAUGAAAUAUGGUUCUGUGUACGUCAUUUCUGGGUCAAUUUUCGACGCUGACAAUGAUGGAUUUCGAGACAAAGAUGAGCAGACUAAAAGGUGGACACAUGACAAGAAAAAUGGAGUGGCUAUACCAACGCAUUUCUACAAGAUUAUUGUAAGGUGUGACGUAAGCAAUACGACAGAAUCGGCCACUCCAGGCUGCGGUGGGACUUUGAAGGCUAUGUCGUUCGUAUUUCCACACAACGAAGAAAAAGGAUGCCAGCUCAGGGACUGGAAGAAACAGAUGCUUUUCUACACAGCCUCGAUCAACGACAUUGAAAAACUGACAGGUUCGCGUUUUUUUCAAAAUCUGCCGUAUCCUUUCGCUGCCCGUUUCAAGUCGGCCCUUCCAUCUGAGCUAUGGCCCGUGACUACCUUUUAACGACGUGUGUUGAUCUUACAAACAUAGCAUUUCAAAUUUUGAUAUAUAUAUCCUAGGUAAAUAAUAUUUAAUUAUUCACUUUGUAUGAUUUGUUUUAAUUUUACUGCUAGUUUAUAAAAAGAUCAUUGAUUUUACUUAGACCCUACAAUUGAUGAACAAUGGAUCAACCCUUUUUAACUUUGACUGUAAGAUCGCCUUUAUUGUAAAUGCUUUAUAAGCAGCAUCUUCGCUGUAUAUUUUAAACGUUAUUAAAGAAUCUUUAAGUUUACUUGUUUAAGUCUUAAAUUUAAGUUUUUGGACUUGCAUUUAAGAUAUUAGGACAAGUAAUUAAGUGUUCAAUAAAAAUGUCAAGGAAAUAAGGAGAUGAUAUAGUUUUUUGGCGGUACAGAACUAGAAAAUUGCCUUGAAAAAGCAAACAUUUUACAACAUAUUAACUAAAAGCUUUUUCGUCUGACACUCCUCAGAUCAUAAAACGUCAGAAUAAGUGUCCGAAAAAACACGAUGAAAAAUAUAUACCCAGUUGUGGAUCGAAAAAGGCCAAUCAGAAAAACGCAAGCACAAGACCGGUAUAGUUGACCAAUCAGUGCCGCGUGCCUUAAGAAAAAUUACCACUGGAGUCCAAGAGAGAAAACGAACUCCUUCUGUCUACACAAUGGUGGCUUUUUCGUUUGUAUGUAGAUCGAUUCCAAAACUGCUAGAUGGAAGGACGACCGGGCUCUGUCAAUUAUCCAAAACAUGUCGUCAUUUUAGAGUUUUGCACAAUCUAGGUUGUCUAAAAGAUGUUGACCUAUGGCAGAAUCACUUGUUUUAACAGUGCUGCUAGACCUACAAGAUCGAGGAGGCUAUUCUCUUUGACGGGCAGUUUUGUUUCUUAUGUUGGAAGGAACAUGCUGUUUCAUCCUAUCCCCCAAUCUUUGGGUUGUGCGUCCUACGUACAAAGAGAACAACGAAAUGAUAUAAGAAAAUAGAAACUUCGAAUGGUGCUUGGCAGCACCGCAUUGUAAACAUGAUAACGAUUUUCCCAGUUUCUGUCUCUCCUAUAUUGUUUCAGAAAUAGUUUUCACAAAAAAUAUCAUUAAAAGUGAAUGCAUUAACCACAAAAAGAUUCGUCUUUAUAAAAUUUUUAUCGACUGAAUUUCAAUAAAGAAGAGUCAUUGUCUCGACGAAAGCUAUUGGGCUGAGAAUUUUGAGAAUCCAAACUAGACAAUGCGAUAACAUCGUUGUUCUAAUUCUCAUCAUAAUCAUAAUCAUGACCAUCAGAGUCUUCAUUUUCAGCUCUUGAUUUGUCAGACUGUCAGACAAACUGCGUUUAUAUUCACCAUCUUUUGAUAGAAAAAAAAUUCAUGUGUGGCUCUAAAUACCCGAGCAGUAAUGUCUGAUUUGAACAAUUGUAAAAGUAAUUUAAAUCGUGCUCUGUAAUCGAAGGGAAACGGAUAGAGCCAGU